CCGCGGCUCUGUCGGCCCUUCCGGCACCAAUCAAGCACCGCCAAGCUCAUCCAGACCGUCGAUUUCUGCGCCUCAAUGCUUCACAUAUGCCGUUUUGUAGCAAGCCCCGUUUGGCGCGACACGCUUAUAUAACUUAAAAAAAAGGAGCCGCCGUGUUAGUUUCUUCUGCACAUGUAAUUAUUUCCAUCGACAUUCGUUUAGCCAUCACUGCUAUUCUUCUUCCUCUUCUUCUUCUUAUUCAUUCGUUUAUUAAUUAAUUGAUACCAACAUCCUAAUAAUACCGGUAAAAUGGCCUCGAUCGCGCUCGCCACCCUUGCCCUCCUUGGCUCAGCAGCAGCCGCGGACCAAACCGUGACUCUCUUUCUCCCUGGCUUCGACCCGCAGGCACUCGUUGCAUCUAUUGCUGGAAGCGAUGCCUCUGCAACCACCUACGCCAUACAAUGCGCCCCUGGUACAUCCUCAGACGACUGUGGCGCCGGCGAUGGCUUCACUCUGAUCGAGGGUCCCAAGACGGCUCACCUAGAAAUGGUUGAUGGUGAUGCUUCCACCUUCGGUUACAUAAAUAACUGCAUCUUAACCGACUCGCCGCCGGCCAUCUGCACUGAAGUCGUUACCGGUCACGAGGCCAAUGACCCAGGCACCACGACCGUGACUUAUGAACCAAGUGAUUACUCGUCUGCCUUGAUCGUCGUCACUGUGACCGCUGGCUCUGCCGCUGCUGCUAGCACUGCAGCCUCGGUGACUGCGCCUACUGCGUCUGCGACUGGUACGACUGCGAGCGCAGCCGCUGGGAGCACCGCAUCGGCUGGUCAGUCGACCUCUACUGCCGCCGGGACUCCAACUUCGACGGCGGCGAGCACACCUUCUGCUGCUGCGUCGGCUGCCACUACCAAGGCUUCGUCGGUGAGCACUGGGGGUAUGCCACGGGUUACUGGAAACGUCGAGUGGAUUGUGGGGGGUGCUGCUGUUGCGAUGGCGCUUGUAGGAAUGUAGAACGUGGUUCCUGUAUUAUAAUAUCAGAUAGAAAUCCAUCUCAUGAUAAAUAA